AUGUCCCCAACUGGUUUAUCACCGGAUAGUUCACAAGCUGGUUCAAGUAAUUUUACAACAGCAUCAACGAAUAUUUCAAGAAAUUCCUCAAUGUCAACAAGUAAUAUAGUUAAACAUCAAAAACAUUUACAGAAUGCUUUUGAAGUUUUUGAAAAAAGUUUUAGUACUUCUGCUGCUGAUCAAAAACAACAUGAUAUUACACCCCCACCUUCUCAUACUAUGGCUAUGGUAGUUUCUGAUGAACAAAUUCGCAGUUUAACUGAAUGCUUGUUAGCUUUGUCACCUCCAAAAAAAAUAGUUUCUUCUUCCUCCAAAAGAAUAUCUAAUAAUAGUAAUGAGAUGGAUCAUUCAAGAUCAACAGCACGUCGUAUCUUAUCUAAUCCAUCAUCACCAGGUUUACCACCACAACAUCAACAAGAUGCGGUUGAUCAACCACUAUCACUCAAUCCUUAUUCUACUGCAUCACCAACAGCAACAUCAACAUCUUCACGAUUAUUAGAUUAUAAAGAACGUCGUUCACGUCGUUUUUCUAGUGGUAAUUAUGGUGCUUCAACAUAUUUUAGUACCGAAGAGGAGGAAGAACAAAAUGAGGAAUGUGUUGUCGCAAUAGUAGUUGAGAAAUCGGCUUUAAUUAUAAAAUUUGAUAUUGAAUUUACUUGA